AUGGGAGUGCUCUUGCGUUCCAUCGCCUUGACAACAGUAAUGGCAAAUAAGUGGCUACUACGGCCAUCACUUGCAUUCAUCGCGCUUAUCACACAGUCCAACUCAGCCAUCCUCAACCCUGAUAAGAACCCAGUGCUCAGUCGGAUUCUACAAUGGACUAUCUAUGACCACUUUUGCGCUGGGAACAGCAUUCCAGAAGUGUCAAAUACUGUCAAGUACAUCAAGAAGCUUGGCUUCCAUGGCAUCAUUCUUGGAUAUUCGAAAGAUGUCGUGUUGGACCCCAACGUGAAGCUCCCGACCACUGGCGUUGAGGACUAUCCAAAAGAGUGCUACGAUAUGAUCGAUGAAUGGAAGAAGGGCAACAUUGAUACUCUUAACAUGAUUGAGGCUGGUGAUCUUCUAGCUGUCAAGGUGACUGGUGCCGGACCCAUCGCCGUAGACGCUUUACGGGCUGGCAGACCUAUGAAUAGAUACCUCCAAAAGGCUCUCAACGAUAUUUGUAGCGAGACCCGAAAGCGUGGGUGUCAACUCUGGAUAGACGCGGAACAACAAGCUAUGCAACCUACACUUGACGAGUGGACCAUCACCCUGAUGCGCGAACACAAUCGGCACGGGAAUGCUCUGGUUUACAACACCAUUCAAGCUUAUCUCAAAGGUGCCAGACAAAACGCGAAAAGGCAUAUCCAACUAGCGGCCAAAGAAGGCUGGACUGUGGGCAUCAAGCUAGUUCGCGGUGCAUAUAUCGAGAAUGAGAUCAGAUCCCUCAUUCACGAUACAAAAGAGGAUACGGACAAUUCAUAUAACGAUAUUGCCGACAUGCUAAUUUCUCAAAGAGUGCCCGACGAAGCUGCCAACCUCAGCUUCCCAGACGCGGCACUCGUUCUGGCGACACAUAACGCUGAGAGUGCGCAGAAGGCUCUAGGCACACACCGAAAGCGGCUUAAGGCUGGUCUCCCCACAGUGCCUAUGAAGUGUGCUCAGAUUAUGGGCAUGGCCGACGAAUUGAGUUGUAAGCUGCUGCAGGAUUACGAGAAGGCCGUAAAGGAGAACAGAGUCACUUCCGAGACACCAAAGAUCUACAAGUGUUUACCGUGGGGCUCAGUGCAGGAAUGCAUUAAUUAUUUGUACCGACGAGCGGUGGAGAAUCGUGGUGCAGUGGAGAGGACGCAGCAUAUGGCGCUGGCGAUGAGACAGGAGCUCCGACGUAGAAUACUGGGUUAA